GUGCAAUCGUCUCUCGUUUAUGCUACUUGUAUCAUAGCUCACAGUGUCUGAGUUGUGUCUUAUCUAAUCAAACCCACUCGACUUCUGAAUCGGUGCGUCUUUAUCCGGUCAGUCCAAUUUUUGACCCAAGCCGGCGUGGAUCUCCGUGCAUCAAACGCAAGAUUUCGCGCUCGCACCUACAUCUCCGUUCGAUAUGGACGAAAAUUUCGUCGAUACAAUGGGGGAGAAUGAACAGCUGCCGGAUGCAGUGCGGGAGAAAUUGUCGAAAAUAUUGGAGAAAUAUGAACAUCUGACCGACGAGGAGAAAGAGGAGUUCCAUAAGGGUGCUUUUGACGUUCUGACGAAGUCCAUUCACAAGAUCACAGACAACACGAUUUUGCCCACGUGGCUCGUUCCAUAUCAGUCUCUCAUCCUAUUUAUUUUCGCCGUAUCGAUCGUGACCCUCCUACUAGUUUUUGUCGCCCGCAAAUUGUAUAAGGGCACGAAGGAACGAGAGAGCCGCAAAGAGGCGAAGAGACGGCUCAAGGAACAACAGAAAGCGAAGAAGAAGAGGAACUAACGUAUCGGGAAACGUUUGUACAUUUUAAUGGAGAAAGAGAAACCUGUUAAUGAAAAAUAACAGAUUUUUAUAAUAAAUUUGAAUAUAAUGUUCAUUGUCGUGUUCAUAAAUAAAUUUUUAUACACUUAGAGCUAGCAGAAAAGUUAAAAUACUCCAUAUUUCUUGUGACCCUUCCACUUUUUUCUUGAAUAUAUAACGUGCUGAUGAAUAAAGGCUAUCCCGUCUAUUUUCGAUGAACUAAACGUAAUUGAGGGAUGACGACUCCUGUGAAUAAAUUGCACAUGAUGCAGGAAAUAAUAAGGACUGGGCAUCAAGAAGUAUUUAUUGUGCCAUUUCAUCUCGACGGAAACUCUCGUACGAGGUGUACAACAAUUAACAUACCGAGCAUAAGCUCUCAAAGCAUCAACGUAUUCUGCAAUCUUUAAAUUAUAACAGAAAAAAUAGACUGUAUUUUAUCAAAUAACAUACUUAGUUUACAUUUAUUUGCAUCGAGGUACCGGUAUGCAUGUACGACGUGAACUUUGCGAGUUCGUCACUUAGUCGAUAUCGCACGAUAAAAUCGCAGUGAGCAUUUCCAAUACGCCGCAAACGCGUAAAUCUUCGUAACAAUACAAAAAUUAUUAUGCUCGUUAGCUAAUUGAUUAUUAUCCGUGAUACUUUUCGUCAUCUAAAUUGCAUUAGUAACUCUAUAUCCCUUACAACGAAACAACCAUCCUCCUCUACAAUUUCUUAAUGCACUAAUUAACAGACGAUAACAUGCGUAAUAAGUUGCAUUGGCACCUUUGUAUAGAGUAAUUACGAAAUAAUAAUAAUAAAAAAAGAUUUAAGUCUCGCAAAAUGUCUAAGGUCGCGGGAUCUCAAACGUAUUAGUAUAAAAAAUCUACUUGCUACUCCUCCCUUAUCGUAGUACUCGCGCUACAAAGUGAUAAAGUAUUUCUUUCUCGCGGAAUUUAACUAUAUCUGUUUUCUUGCUCAAACACUUACCCCGUAAAUAUGGUCUAUUGGCACGUGAUUAAUUAAUUAAGGUACUCGUUUCAAGUUCCCUUCUCUUACGAAAUUGCUUAAGGUUUCCUUUUCUUGCGGAAUUCUUUAUAUUAUAAAACUUAGCGCGUCGUUGUUAAUUCCUCGCGAUAACAACGACGUCGUUUCGUCUUACUCACGAUAAAUCAUAAACAUGUUGAAGGCUUACAGAAGCAAAAGAGUCACGUUUAAUGCGGACGAGAAUUAUGAAAUCAACGAGUAAUCGUGACAGCUACUAUAUACACAAUUAAAGUUCUACACUUCUUACUUUUAAUGUGGCACGUAUGUCGAAAACGGCAGACGUUUUCGUAAAUUGUACUAAAUGAGCAACACAUAAUCGUAUUCGGUAUUUACAUAAUCUCUUUAUCCCGUCGUUUGCUCGCGAAUUCCGCUCUUAACUCGUAGUAUGUAUCACCGUAUAAAACACCUUAUCAAAAUUUGACUUGUCGAUUUAACUCUAAUUUUCUAACUCAAUCGUGUGCGACCUAUAAAUCACAAUAGAAAUUUCGCGAGUGCUCAACAUCUUCGCAUUCGUCCGAAGAAUCCGCUUCUAAAUGCUGCGGACCGAAAAUGUCCAUAAUCUCAUAAUAUUUGGCCACUACGAUUGUGCGAUUACACAAGCUUCCCUUCAUUUAUGCGUAUAUUCUUCUCGCAAAUUGCUGAACCGAUAUGUUUCACACGCGUAUGAUUAUGACGCAAUAGCGUAUAGUUAGAUACAUCUACAAAAUCGCAAAAAAUAUAGACAUCUUCGUGAAUUUUUCCCGUCGAAUGCACCGCGGAGUCAAAAAUAUCGAGUAGUCGCGCGUUGCUGUGCGCGCAAUAUACAAUAACGCAGUAACAAUAAUCUUACAUUAUUAAAACAUAAAAAACAACAUGCCUGUACCUAAAAGAAAAGAAAAGGAUAUCGGGGCGAACCUCCCUCCUCCU